AUGAUCUUAGAAGCUCCUCAUUGGGCAAAAAAUGUUUAUGAUUGCAGCGCAUGGAAGCGUGUGGCAACUGCAACGCUCUUGCAAGACGAACUAGUUCCUUUUGGUGCACAUCAUUAUUGCAUCUUGGCAUUCGCUGAGGACAGCAUCCUUCUCCAGGCAUCCUCGUGCAAGCUUACCUUACUUGCUAAUUUUGAACUGAACUUCUUACUUGCACUGCUCGAUGAUUUAUUUGAGUGUCGUUCACUCACUGAGAAUUUAGACACGCGGUUGUCCACUUCCGUCAGUCAGUGCUGGCGCCGGUAUCCUGGAUACGCGCGGCUCUGCAACACAGCACGGACUCGCCAUUCCUCGGCCUCGCAAUCUGAAUCAAAAUUCAUCCGUGAUUCACAAGAUAUGCUGAUGAGCGGGAAGUUGGUGACGUCAAUCGAGUCCCGUUUUUGACUUGAGGGAAAAAUCUUGUUUCCUGGACAUCGUUGAUGAGGACAAAAUUUUCUGAUAUACACCAAAUAUUCGGACGUGACCCGAGCACACUUGCCUAACUCACGUCUUAGAUUCAUUGCACUUGAAUAUUUAAAAACAUUUAAU